GCAUUCUCACACAGGUUGUGUGACAGUGUUUUCGAUAAGUUGAAAUAUUCGUGCGCUGCAGUGCCUGAUCUAAAGGCCCUGCGGGGUUUAUGCGACUGACGAUAAUUGGCAAGACGGCCUGAAUAUCAGAAUAUCACCGAAAUUUAAUGUGGCUAAGAUAAAUAGCCUGGAAGUUAGCUAAAGAAUCUGUGUAGUAGCAAUUUCCGAGUCUACAGGAACAUAUUGAGCUUUUAGUGUGUAUCAUGUAUACUGGGAUGAAUCUACUGCGCCACAUUCAACGAUUUCAAAGAAGGAAAUCUUGCUAUGAAAGCUAUCAAUAAAAGUAUUAUCUGGAAUUUAUUUUGGUUUAUCUCUAUGGCAUAUACUCCAGAUGUCACUGACUGCACAUAUGGAGCUAUUGCAUCACAGCGUCAUUUUUGGACAAAGAAAUUAUAUAACGAACUUCAUAUUACAUCAAAUUCAAAUAAAGUGAGAAUUAGACGUCAGAUUCCUUCUCCACUGUUUGUAAAGCAAUAUGAUGGCUGUUUAUCUCAAUCUAGUUGUUCUAGUAUUAGGAAUAUGACAAGUACAGCGUCAGGAACUGGAAAUACAUUUUAUGUCGCUACCCCCACAAGAAUAUUGAAAGUUAGAUUGGGAAGUGAGUUGAAUCCAGUCUGUGUAUGCACUGUCGUUUUGGACGGAAAUGUACCAGUUCUUUCUAUUGUGAUGGAUGACAAUUAUAUUUAUUGGUUGGGUGAAGAAAGUACCGAGGUCAUGUAUGUACCAAUUGAUUCUGACAACUCUCUACCUUUAUCUAAACUUCUUCGUCCAGAAAUGCUCGCUGAAGAUAAACAAUUUCAUUAUGCUGCUUGUCGGAUACCUUCAUACAUACCUGAUGUACCAUUUCCAGUCAAAAUAUCUGAUAACUAUGCGUUCUUUAAUCUAUCAUCUAUAGAAGAAAAACAACAUAAAUGGUUCAAUUCAGCGAUAUGUAUGAAUGAAUUGAAUCCAAAUAUAAGUUUUGCAUUUCUUUAUAAGAAAAAUUCUGACACUUCACCGAAAUCAUGUUUUCAAAUGUCCGAUUGCUUUUACAAGCGAAUAAGUAGUACAGCAUCACUUGGCAAUGUAAGAUUGGGGAAUUUGUCACCGAACGCAGAAUAUUUUGUUCAUUUAAUUAUAUAUAGUGAAUCAAAUGCUCAUAAAUCUGCAAUUAUUUCACCAGCAAUCAAUUUUCAUACGUCAUGUACAGUUCCUGCUCAUCCUGUAAACUUGGCAUGCAGAAGUUUAAAUAAUUCUUCAUUGAUGUUAUCAUGGAAAGAACCAAAUGUUAAAAAUUCUGCUCAACUCUCAUAUGAAAUUAUUGUCAACAACACAAACAAAGUUGAUAAGAUAUUGUAUAAAAAUGGAGACAAAACCAGAUUUAUCCACAAUGGAAUAGACUAUGGCAGCAAUAAUUACACGAUCAAAGUAUCAUCAUACAAUUGCCCAGCCAAUUCUCAGCAAUUUAGCCAAUCAAAAAUAACAGGAUGUAAACCAUACCAACCUCCUGUACAUCUAACUGUGGAAAACACAACUUGUAGACAUGCUACUGUCUUAUGGAAAGCGCCGGAUGAUGAAGGUGUCCAGUGUGUCAUAGUUGAAUGGAUUGUACUUGAGCAUCAAAAUGGAUUCGAAAAAUGGAGCCAAAGUUCCCUAAUCAGUGGAAAUGUAUCAUUUUUUUAUACAGUAACUGAUUUAGAACCAAAUACUGGAUAUUCUUUCCGAACAAAACAACAAUAUGUUGGUUAUAAUGGCAAUGAAGGCUGGUUAUAUUCUGCGCCAGUAAAUGGUAGGACUAUGCCAUCCAUACCAGAUCACCCACGUAAUGUUCGCGUUGUGAAGGAUCGUGACAUUAAUUUCUUGAGUUGGGAGCCACCAAAUGAUCAUGGGGCUCCACUGGAAUAUUAUAUAAUACAAUAUAGAAAUCGAUCUUCACCAAAUGCAACCCGCAUGUUAUUCGGUACUUGGUCAUCCGAACUGCAUGUUGCACCUUUAUCAACAGCUUGGGAAAUUUAUGAUGAUAGUUUAAAUUUUGUGCCUUACUCAUGGUAUGAGUUCAGGGUUUCUGCAGUAAAUUCAGUGGGUGAGGGAGAUGCCAGUAAACCAUCUUCACCAUUUCAAUUUAUUCCCAGCCAAGAUUUUCAAGGUGAUUUUGAACUCUGGAUAAUUAUUGGUGGAACUGGUGGUCUGGUUAUGAUUAUUCUCAUCAUCAUUACCUUUGUUGCCUGUAGAAGAUGUGGCCAAAUGGCAGUCACCUAUCAGACCCCACCUUCAUCUGAUAUCACAACAAUCCAUCUGAGUUAUGGAGCCGAUCUACAACUCGCACAACUACGCCAUAUGACAGAAAUUGCAAAUUAUAGAGGAGUGGAAGGUGUUCCACCAGAUUAUAUGGACCUUCUACCACUCUUCCCAAGAGAGAAGUUGAGCCUUACAGAUUUUCUUGGAAAGGGAGCAUUUGGAGAGGUUUUCAAAGGAAUUGCUAUAGAAUCAGUCGGAGGCAUCAAUAUUGAGAAGAAAGUAGCCGUGAAGACGUUGCAAGAGGGUUCAACCGAUAGUGAAAAAUGUGAAUUUUUGAUGGAAGCUUAUUUUAUGAGCACAUUCAAUCACGAGAAUAUAUUAUCUCUGAUCGGAGUAUGUCUGGACAAUGAACCUCAGUAUUUAUUAUUGGAAUUAAUGGAAGGAGGAGAUUUAUUGCAUUAUCUGAGAGAUGCCAGAUCUGAUUCUCUCAUUAGCCUAAAACUCACCAUGGCAGAUCUACUUGAUAUAUCUCUGGAUGUCGCAGCGGGUUGUAAAUACUUAGAAGAACAAAGGUUUGUCCACAGAGAUCUUGCAGCAAGAAAUUGUUUGGUUUCAACAAAAGAAUAUCGUACAGAGACGAGAAUUGUUAAAAUUGGUGACUUUGGUCUUGCCAGGGAUAUUUAUAAAAGUGAUUAUUAUCAUAAGGCUGGGGAAGGACUUCUUCCUGUACGUUGGAUGGCUCCUGAGUCUCUAGUUGAUAAUAUUUAUACAUCACAAAGUGAUGUUUGGUCGUUCGGAGUUCUGUUGUGGGAGAUUUUGACAUUUGGACAACAACCUUAUCCAGCUCGCACAAACAUUGAAGUGUUACAAUAUGUCAGAAAUGGUGGAAGACUUAAAAAACCUCAUGAUUGCCCAGAUGAUUUCUAUUCAUUGAUGAUCAAAUGUUGGCACAAUACUCCUACUCUUCGCCCUUCAUUCAGCUGGGCUGUCAAAUGGUUACAACAAUUCAAGGAUCGAAAUGUUGCUUCUGCAAAUGAAGAAGACAAUUAUAGAUUUGAUCUUACAAAUAUAACAUCAUCCGAAGAAGAUCUGGCAACAGCAGAUGAAGAAAUAGUGAUUGCAAAUGUUCACCCACAACCACAAAUACACAUUCUUCCUGAUAUUGAGGGAUUUGAUAAUGAAGGCUUUGAGCUCCAUGAAUCUUCAAGUAGAGGAGACCCAAUGGCAACUGAGCUUGAUUCUGACAAUGAGGUUGCAGGUGUAUCGAUGGACGAUAUUCCUGCUUAUUCUUUCCUUCCCUCGCCAAACGAUAUCAAUUUAGGAAGUAAUUAUUUAUUGAUGUCUACCCAAGAUAUGGAAUUCAAUGAACGGCAACCCCUUUCUCAAGGAGAAAUAAACAUUGGAUUCCAAGAUGAAGAGGAUUCCGAGGAUGCAAAUGAUGAUAUUUUAAAUUGUGCAAUGCUGAAUUUUUCCACAAAUGGAAAGCAACCUAUUCCUACUUCUUCAAGAUUCUCUCCAGAAGUUGGAAAUACACAAUCAUUGCCUUCCUGUUCGAAUUCUGAUUCGCAUUAUUCACGUCAGCCUGAUUAUUUACUGCCAUAUAUCGGAGAUCUUCCAAUAACUGACGAAGAAAGACUAAUGCGAAAACAACAAUGGAAUAGACAAAGAAGACUUCGAAUGGAAGAGGGGCUUGGAGACACAUCAAGUGAAGAUUCUCCAACAUUUACACAAGCUCGAACAUCUUAUUCUCUUAUGCAAACGAGAGAUCAUCAACGACUCUUAAAUCAAAAUGAUAUGCAAAACUCAUUAGCUUCAACCAGUGAUAAUAUAUCAGAUGAUUUGUCUGAAACAACGACUCCCAUGAAAGUAUUUGAUUCUCUUGAAUCUAGUCACACUUUCGGCGAAGAAAGACCAUGUAGUGACGAUGAAACAAGCCAAGAAACUUAUUCCUAUUCUAGACAACUUUUUACCUCAAAUUAUACCGAUGAUGACAAUGAAAGUCAUCAUUCUUCUGAACACGAAAAUCCCAGAGUAAAUAUUCCAACUUAUGUUUAAAUUGAUGUUUCCAAUUUUUUUAAAUUAUGUCUUAUUGAUAUAAACUUUAUAUUUAUUACAUCUUUUUCUUUGAUUUCAUUUCUACGUUCAGUUUUUUGUUUGUUCUUUAUAUGGUCAGACCAAGUAUGAAUUCCGUUAAACAAAUUAACUUUUGUUUGUAAACCAUAAUUGGUGCCACUUCAGUAUGAGAUAAUUUGCUUAAUGUGAUUCCAAUUGCAUACCAAAGUGGCACCAAUUGUGAUCUCAUAACUCAAGAGCUUUAUUUCUAUCUGGGCUGAAUUGUGAAUCCUGUAUCGAAUACUAGACCGGUAAGAUUGAAGUUGCAGGGAUAAAUGCCAUCAAUAAUUAAUAAAUAUGAAAAAAUCAUGUGAGUAUCAAUUUCUUGAAGAUAUUCCACUCUUUGAUGCAGAAUGAUAUUGUUUUUAUUACUUAAAAAGUCGUGACGAUUGAUUCAUAUUAUUUUCAACCUUUACAAUCAAAUAUUUCAAUUUAACAAUAUAUUUUGAAUAUCAUUUUAUAAAUAAAACUCGGGAUUCAUCAUAAAACAACUUGAAAGGAAUGAGGCCAUGAUCACUUUGAAGAAAAUUGACAAUAUUGCCAUCUUAUUUCCGCUUUCUUCGUGUCCCUGUCCUUGUACGUUUUACCUGCCUCAGGAUUAAAUAUUAACACAUACUGUUAUUUUUUCUAUUAUCGUCUUAAAUAAAUGGCGUCUCAAUUUUAAAUCUCACUUGUCUAAAACUUGUCCCACACUUCUCCCGCCUAUCCUAAUGUUCUGAGUUUGGGUAGACACAUGCUGUUGGUCCAUGCAUCAGAAAUGAAUGACUGGUUAACUCUUCCCCGCCCGAAAUGGACGGGUAGCCGCAAAGGAGGCUGUGAUUUGUAAUAUACAUGAUUCAGUUGGCUUAUCAGCUCCCCCUCCUCUGGUAUAAAUUUGAAAAUUCUAAAUCUUACUAGUAAAGCAAAAGUGGGCAAGACUUUUUUAAAACACUACUAAUAAAUAUUCAUUCAAACAAUAUUUCGUUGCUGUUAAAGCCAUUGUAGUUACUCUUGUUUUUGUUCGAUGUUAUUAAUGUUUGAAAUAUUUCACUGUUUGUACUAAAUAAAUAGCCUUAUAGUGUUAGUUAUCGCUAGAAUUUUAUAAUUUUGAAGAUAAGAAUGGUUGGUAUAUUAUGUUCCAUUUUCACUGAAUAAUUUGUGUUAACAAUUUCGAUAUAUUAAUGUUUGCAGUUGUUUUUAAAACUUUUUUUAAUCAAAAAAUGAGUAUUAAUUUAACAGUGGGAUUGUACCAUUAUUUAUCGUCAAUUACAAUUUAUUAGUAAAUGUUGUUUAUUUAUAUUUUAAUAACUUUUUGGGGUAACAUUUUUGCAUGUAGUGUUUUUGUAUUUAAAGACUACAACGAGUCGGUGAAACUGAAUUAUAUGUAUUUGAAAGUACAGAAUGAGGAUGAAACCAGUUUAUGCUACAUCUGAAAACGUUAAGUAUAACACAAAAAAUUAUAAAUAUUAUUAAAAGUCAUUGGCAGUGAAAAGGCUUCGUUUUGGCUCAUACUUUUACUUUUUAAUAUGCACAUGCCUGGUACAUUGCCAAUAUUUGCCAAAAUCUCACGAGCCAAGGAUAUGAUCUAAUUCUUUGGAAAGUCUCGUAGUAUUGAGCUGACACAAAAAAGAUAUAAAUGCGGUAAUUUAUUAUUUCAAUUGUCUAUCAGCUUACACCAGUGACAUUAUAUAUUGGCAGACUAUAGGUGUGUGCCAUAGGUAGUUUUUUACUAGAUUUCUUACUGUAUCUUAUUUACUGCAAACCGACCCGUGUUAAAUGUACAAUAUUAAUGAUAAAUAAAUACACUUCUAUAAUAUAUAUGGGUAAUGCCAACGAUUUUUAUAUACCGUGUGUAGUUACUAGAAUUACUUGUUAUUGGUGGACUUGUUUCUACUAUUUUUUUUUACCAAAUAUUGAUUUGCUAUCUAACAUAAGGCACAUACAUAGUCGAUAUAGUGCUGAAUUUAUUUAUGUUUUUAUUCUUAUUUUGAUACGAUUAUUUCAAACUAUUAUGAAGUCUUUUUUGUGAAACUUGGAAUAGAUUUGAAGAAGUGAAA